CCUCCUGCUCUGUUCACGCCACCUCGCAGCGUACAUCAUCCCUCACACCGUCUUCUCAGUCUACUUUUCCUACGCCCUCUCUUCAACAGCACAACGUUGAAUGCUACUCCUAAGUCCUACUAUCCCCCACCCGAAUAUUCCAUUGGAUCCUCUUCAUUUUCCCCGUCUCUCUCUCUUAUAAAUUAGACCGACCUACCUAAAAUCUCCCCGUAACACGCCACGCCCCCCAAACCCCCAAAGAAACAACAGCCGCAUCUGGUCAGAACUUAUCAUGAGUGAGAGCCUAAAAACAGAAUACCAACUUUGCGAAGAGCUUGGCCGUGGUAGAUUCGGGAUCGUCUACCGCUGCUUCUCUCCAUUAACCGGCGAAUCUUACGCCUGCAAAACCAUCGACAAAACCCUCCUCCUGGAUUCCACCGACCGUGAGUGUCUCGAGAAGGAACCCAAAAUCCUCCACCUCGUCGCCGGACAUCCCAACAUUCUCCACCUCUUCAAAAUCUACGAGGACGACAACUACCUCCAUUUGAUCUCCGAGCUCUGUUCUGCCGGCGAUGAUCUUUUCACCAGGGUCUCCAGAGGCCCGUUGAUGGAACCGGAGGCUGCCCAGAUUUUGAAGCAGUUGGUGUCUGCCAUCAGUUAUUGCCACCAUAUGGGCGUAGCCCAUCGAGAUAUCAAGCCGGAUAACAUACUUUUUGACACCAGGGGCCGGCUGAAGUUGGCUGAUUUCGGGUCGGCAGAGUGGUUUGGGAUGAACUGCGAGAGUGGAAUGAUGGAAGGGAUUGUUGGGACGCCGUAUUAUGUGGCGCCUGAGGUGCUGAGAGGGAGGGAGUAUAAUGAGAAAGUCGAUGUGUGGAGUGCUGGUGUCAUUUUGUACAUUAUGCUUUCUGGGGUUCCUCCGUUUUUUGGGGACACUCCCACGGAGACUUUUGAGGCUGUCUUGAGGGGUAAUUUGAGAUUUCCUCACAGGCUUUUCAGGUCUGUUUCCCCUGAAGCCAAGGAUUUGCUCAGGAAAAUGAUCUGCAAGGAUGUUUCUAGGCGGAUUUCUGCUGAUCAAGUUUUAAGACAUCCCUGGGUCAUCAGUGGAGGAGAGAUCAGAUCAAUGGCUGAUCUCACCUGAAAUCCUAAAAAAGGUGUAUCUACUAUAUAAAUAGAUAUAUCACUAUAAUAUCUCAGUACAAGUCUGAGUUCCUGUACAUAGACCAUCUAGAGACCAUAUCUGAGAGUCUGAAAGAUGGUUGUUGGGGAAAAGAAGGAAGAAAGAACAGUCGGCCGCAUCUUUACAGCUCACAGCCAAGGAUGGAGGGCUGUUGCUUCCCAUUUUGCUUUUACUUUUCCUCAGGUGUGGAGGAGCGGAAUCUGAGGCUGUAAAUAUAUGCGGAUGGUUAUGUAUUAGUAGUACUAGUGCUGCUGAGAGUGCAACUGUGUAAAUCAGAUGCUGAGUUUUCUUCAUUCCAUGCAACUGUGUGCCCCUUUUUCUUUUUCCAGCGUAAUGGGGACUAUGAGGUUGAGGAAAUUGAAGGAACCAGCACUAAUGCUUGUCUACCGUAUCUUGUUGAGCUGCACGCUUUACAAAUGUUUUUCCUAUAAUAAAGUAGUAUCUUGAAUCUUGAAGAAAUUUCCACAUCUUUCUUUUUGAGUUUGGAAUCUCUUGUUGGGAAGCAAAGCAUUAGCAAUAUCCUAUGUUGAAAUUCGUGUAAACUAGUCGUAGAAUUCGGAUAGCGAAAAGAUGAGGAAAGUUCGUCGUGUAACUGAUGGAUGUACGGGUUGUUGUACUGAUACUACCAAAGUUCUCUGUGGCGCCCAUCAAGGAGAGAUUGAUGGCUUUACGUCUUUUCCUUUGUCAAUUGAGCAUGAUGGACGCCAAGGAAAACCAGUUUUUGAAUGCGGAACAAAGGAAGUUG